CCCGCCGCCGUCUCGCUUUGCGCCGGCGUCUCCUGCAGCGUCUUUCGUGCCGUCCGCGUCUCCGGGCUCCCCCGCGAGUCAUGGUGGCCAAGGCCGUGUGCGUGCUGAAGGGCGACGGCCCGGUGCAGGGCACCAUCGAGUUCCAGCAGGAGGAAACCGGGCCAGUCAGGGUAUCCGGAACCAUCACGGGCUUGACUGAAGGCCUCCAUGGAUUCCACGUCCAUCAGUUUGGAGAUAAUACACAAGGUUGUACCAGUGCAGGUCCUCACUUUAAUCCUGAAGGCAGAAAACAUGGUGGACCAAAGGAUGAAGAAAGGCAUGUUGGGGAUCUGGGCAAUGUGACUGCUGGUAAAGAUGGUGUGGCCAAGGUGUCUAUUGAAGAUGCUUUGAUCGCACUGUAUGGAGAGUUUUCCAUCAUUGGCCGCACUUUGGUGGUUCAUGAGAAAGAGGAUGACUUGGGCAAAGGUGGAAAUGAAGAAAGUACAAAGACGGGGAAUGCUGGAAGUCGCCUGGCUUGUGGUGUAAUUGGGAUCGCUCAGUAAACAUUCCCUAGGUUGCAGUCUGAGUCCUAACUCAUCUGUUAAUCUUGAUAGCUGUAGAAAUUUACCUUGAUAAACAUUAAAACACUGUAAUCUUAAAAGUUUGUGUGACUUUUAAUUGCUUUAAGUACUUGUGAGAACUGAUUUGUUGGAAGAUUUGUAUAUUUUAUAAAACUCAUAUUCAAUUAAAAUGCUUGUUUCAGUGAUCUCUGUAUUUUGCCAAACUUGAUCACACAUAGACAUAUUAAACUUAAUUGUCUGAA